AUGUAUCUCAAAGUUAGCUCUAAAUUCUUUGUCCUAGAUUUAGUGGGGGUAACACAGCACACAACAGAGCAACAGGAAGGCUCGCGCAGGAUCAGCUGUGAUGUGUUGAAGCUGUGUGUGCCUGCGUCAUACCGGAGAAUAACUGAAGUCCCCGCCGUUUGGCAAGCUGCACAAUUGCUUCAUCCCUGCCCUUCCCGGACCUAUUCCUUGUCCUCGGCAUCGGUUUUCGUGUUUUCAAAUCUGAACAUCAAUGAUGUGCUCGGGAAUUACUCAUUGACUCUUGUUGACGCGUUGGAUACACUUGCAAUAAUGGGAAAUUCAUCUGAGUUCCAGAAAGCAGUCAAGUUAGUGAUCGACACAGUUUCAUUUGACAAAGAUUCCACCGUCCAAGUCUUUGAGGCCACAAUAAGGGUCCUAGGAAGUCUCCUCUCUGCCCACAGAAUAAUAACUGACUCCAAGCAGCCCUUUGGUGACAUGACAAUUAAGGAUUAUGAUAACGAAUUGUUGCACAUGGCCCACGACCUGGCUGUGCGGCUCCUGCCGGCCUUUGAAAACACCAAGACAGGGAUCCCCUAUCCUCGGGUGAAUCUAAAGACAGGCGUUCCUCCUGACAGCAAUAAUGAGACAUGCACAGCAGGUGCUGGUUCCCUCCUGGUGGAAUUUGGGAUUCUGAGCCGACUCCUGGGGGAUUCUACAUUUGAGUGGGUGGCCAGACGUGCUGUGAAAGCCCUUUGGAACCUGCGGAGCAAUGAUACGGGAUUAUUAGGCAAUGUGGUGAACAUUCAGACAGGCCGCUGGGUUGGAAAGCAGAGCGGCUUGGGCGCUGGCCUGGACUCCUUCUAUGAAUACCUCUUGAAAUCUUAUAUUCUCUUUGGAGAAAAGGAAGACCUCGAGAUGUUUAAUGCUGCGUACCGGAGUAUUCAGAACUACUUAAGAAGAGGUCGGGAAGCCUGUAACGAAGGAGAAGGAGACCCUCCACUGUACGUGAAUGUGAACAUGUUCAGCGGGCAGCUAAUGAACACUUGGAUUGACUCUCUGCAGGCCUUCUUCCCUGGACUGCAGGUUCUGAUCGGAGAUGUGGAAGAUGCCAUCUGCCUCCAUGCCUUUUACUACGCCAUCUGGAAACGCUACGGGGCCCUCCCUGAGAGGUAUAACUGGCAGCUCCAGGCCCCCGACGUGCUCUUCUACCCGCUGAGACCGGAGUUAGUGGAGUCUACGUAUCUCCUCUACCAGGCAACCAAGAAUCCCUUCUACCUCCAUGUAGGAAUGGAUAUUCUGCAGAGUCUGGAAAAGUACACAAAAGUCAAGUUAGUUUCCUAAGUUCCUUCCUUUUUCUGUUGGCCACUUUUGAUUUAUUUUUAGUUCUGGGGAAAUAUUCUGUUUUGCACUUUAAUUUAUAGAACAGGUCAUUAAUGUUAGUUCUGUGGGGAAAUUGCUUACUUUUUGUAUAGCAGGACCAGUCCCUUAUAGUGGGGAUUGCUAUUUAUUUUUUUUCACCUUUGUUUCCUG